AGAGGCAGGGUCUCUCCGCCCUAGAGGAGGGACAGGAAAGGUGAAAAGCGUCCUGCUUUCUGAUUGGCUGAGCUCUCUGUUGCAGUUGGGGCGCGAAAAGCUGUUGACCGUUCGAAGCCGUGGUGGACAUUAUGUUUUUUCUCAGAUUCGAAGCGAGGGCAAACAUAUAGAAAGGGGAAGGAAGAAUCCAAGGUGUGGCAGAAGAUUCUGGAAAUAAGCUAAGGAAGCCAGUUUAUGGAUCCCGUAAACUGUCCAAGUGCUCCGAAAGACUUCUGAAUAUGGAAGGACCCUUGAGGCCCAGGCUGGUGAACUGUGGUGACUUUCAGUUCGGAGUGGUUGCCACAGAGACUAUCGAAAACGCCCUGCUUCACUUGGCCCAGCAGAACGAGCAAGCUGUGAAGGAGGCUGCGGGACGGACGGGCAGCUUCAGGGAGACCCGGAUCGUGGAGUUUGUUUUUCUCCUGUCUGAACAAUGGUGUCUGGAGAAAUCGGUGAGCUACCAGGCUGUAGAAAUCCUAGAAAGAUUCAUGCUGAAGCAGGCAGAGGACAUCUGUCGGCAAGCCACACUCCAGCUGAGAGGUAAAGACACCGAGCUGCAGAGCUGGAGGGCUCUGAAAGAGCAGCUCGUCAACAAGUUCAUCCUGCGAUUGGUGUCGUGUGUUCAGCUGGCCAGCAAACUGUCUUUCCACUACAAAAUUGUCAGCAACAUUACAGUCCUGAAUUUCCUCCAGGCUCUGGGUUAUGUACACACCAAAGAAGAACUGCUGGAGUCAGAGCUUGAUAUUUUGAAGUCCCUGAACUUCCAGAUAAAUCUGCCCACUCCUCUGGCGUAUGUGGAGAUGCUCCUUGAAGUCCUAGGGUACAAUGGCUGUUUGGUCCCUGCCACACAACUACAUGCAACUUGUCUGACCCUCCUCGACCUGGUCUAUCUUCUGCAUGAACCCAUCUAUGAGAGCCUAUUGAGAGCUUCAAUUGAGAAUUCUACACCCAGUCAGCUGCAGGGGGAAAAGUUUAUCUCUGUGAAGGAAGACUUUAUGCUGUUGGCAGUUGGAAUCAUUGCGGCGAGUGCCUUCAUCCAAAACCAUGAAUGCUGGAGCCAGGUUAUAGGGCACUUGCAGAGCAUCACUGGCAUUGCCUCGGAAAGCAUUGCUGAGUUCUCUUACACAAUCCUGACUCACAGCGUGGGAGCAAACACUCCUGGGCCACAGCAGCCUGUUCCCCACAAGGCGGCCAGAGCUCUGAGGACUGCUGCUGCUGCUUCCUCUAACACGUGAGGGUGGCUGACCUGCACUGCCUUGUCACUGGACCUCUUUCCUUGUUUACUUUCAUACUCAGGGUACAAAAAUUCCAAAUUUACUUUGAACAGUGUUUUGUAUUCCAGUUCAGGCAUGUUAUUUUUUUCUACAUCAGAGAUAGUUAUGGGAGACAAACUUAAUGUGUUGUGUCAUGGUAGGUUAAAACAACAUCAAAGAAUUGGACUGAGUUGAUGAUGAAACUGGUUCAUUUUUGUUUGAUAAUACUUUUAAUUUUUCCUAAGUUAAUCUAAGAGGUAAUAUCAGAUAGAGAUAAGUAUUUUGGGGGACUUUAAAGCAUUUUCGUUGACCUUGACUGAAUCUCUUUGAAGUAACCUUUCUUCCCUUGCUCGGCUACAGCUUUUUUUGUUUGUUUGUUUUGUUUUUUUAAGACAGGGUCUCACUAUUCAGCCCUGGCUGCCUUGCAACUCACUAUACACACCAGACUGGGCUGAAAUUCAGAGGGUCACUUGCCUCUGCCUCUGAGUGCUGGGCUAAAUACCAUCAUUCUGCUUUUCUUUUUGUUUUUCUCUUUAAACUAAGACAUGUUUCAACAGAAUUUCUAUUGAACUGACUACAACUCAAUUCUUUCAGAAUACCACAUACUCAAUUUUAAGGAAAAACAUACAGGCGUACCACUUGGUAAUUAACAGACCAUACCAAAUCCUUUAUUACAAAUAAUUAAAUCUCCCCCGUCGCACACACACAGCAUCAAACAGCAUUCUGUAGUCCCACGAGAUAGCACAGUAGGCAUUCAAUGCUAGAAGUGAGGACAGAGUUAAACUUGCAACUCCUGACCCGGUAUCCUUUCCCCAUAUUACCACAAGCAUCUCAUCUCAAACCUUUGCUGUUUCAAAUUUUAAGUGCAGGAAGUUGAGAGAGAUAAAAUCCAGUGAAAACACAUUAACGUCAAUUCAACUUAAAAAAGAAAACAAAGCAAAUUUAAAUUAGUUGUUUUCAGGAAAGAGGGAAAGGAUGCAUGGGGCUGAGUCAAAACCAUGGCAGGGUUCUUUGCUAUAUAUACAUGGCGGGCUGUACUCUGGAAACUACCUGUCAUAUUUGAAAAUAAAGUAGCUUUUGUGG